AUGGCUGAGCCCUUGGUACCAGGCGAAAGGCCAUUAGAGCCUCCAGCUUCUCAAUCACUCUCGAGGGCACUCAAUCACCUCCGCCCUUUCAACCUGGGGCCCGCAAAACCAACCUCCACUCCGGCCCAACGCGGGGCCGACAAGGCCACCAUGCAUACUACACACGCGACAGACGCUGAUCCACAAAAUGGAUCAGCUCACGAGAGCGCUCAAAAUGGCACAGAGUCCACAAAUAUCCAUACGGACGAAGACAUCCCUCCACUCCCCAUCGUGAUCGAGCGCAUCCAUGCCCGCCGCUCGACCCGCACAUCAUUGGAAGUUGUCGCAAGCGCAGUGGCACAGUAUAAACUCUCGGGACUGUCGCUGUCCUACAACGGUGGCAAGGAUUGUCUCGUUCUUCUUAUCUUGUUCCUGGCUGGUCUCCACCCCUACGCUAGUCAUGCCGAUUCGAUAUCCGAAGAUACCAAUUCUUCGGUCAACAACCCCAUGAUUCCUGCCAUCUAUGCUCUUCCUCCUGACCCUUUCCCUGAGGUGGAAGACUUCGUCGUCAGCUCCGCUCAAGCUUAUCACCUCUCAAUAACGAAAUAUACCACCGCACCGCCUCAUACAACCUUGCGCUCCAGUUUCGAAGACUAUCUCGCCCUUCAUCCGGCUGUUCGUGCCAUAUUUGUGGGCACACGACGGACAGACCCGCAUGGUGCGAAAUUAUCGCAUUUCGACCGGACUGAUGGUGGGUGGCCUGAUUUCAUGCGCAUCCACCCGGUCAUUGAUUGGCACUAUGCUGAAAUUUGGGCAUUUAUUCGACACCUUGGGUUGGAAUAUUGUCAGCUUUAUGAUAUGGGGUAUACCAGUUUGGGUGGAACUUCGGAUACGUUGCCAAACCCGCGCUUGAAGGUGCAGGAUGAGAAAGAAGGUGGUGAGGGGGGUUAUCUACCGGCGUAUAAGCUGGCGCAGGAUUUAGAAGAAAGGCUUGGUCGCAAUUGA